GAUGGCCAAUUCCAGUGCUGUUUCGAUAAAACUGGGACUCUGACAGAGGAUGGACUUGACUUCCAAACACUUCGAGCUGUCGACCCCAGCUUCGAAGAGACGCCGGUUUUUACUGAGGAGAAAGCAGAAAUGGACCCCGCAGAUUUGCCAAGUGAUGGAGAACUUAUCACAGCAAUAGCAACAUGUCAUUCCCUUACAAAAAUCAAUGGAGAGUUGCACGGAGAUCCAUUAGAUCUCAUUCUCUUCAACCAGACUGGCUGGGCACUGGUUGAGUCGGUGAAUGACGAAGAAGAUAGUGAAUUGCAGCUUUUUGACAACAUUCAAGUUUAG